AUGCCUCUCGUUGACUCUGAAUCAGCGACUCCUACGUUGGUCAGAGUAUUACGGCACCCUGUCACGUAUGCGGGCAAGACUGUUUCAGAAGACCAAAUCGGCAGCUCAGCGCUCUUCUACAUUCGUGUUGCAUCGUUCCUUCAAGACGAGUCUCUUUUCCGUUGGGCACUCGAUAAGAGUCCCCUCUUCUCGACCGGAUUUUGCUCCAGUGUGAGCUCGCAGGAUAUGCGCCUGGGCGAUCUACCUGCCCAAGUCCAACCUUUUCCCGAUGCAGAUACCUUUACGACUGACGAAUGGAAGUUGGUGCUUAUGACCUGGAACUCGUGGCUACUUGAGCGCGCAGCAAAGAGUAGAGCAGAGCAUCGAAAUGUCGACGCAUCUAUCUUGGCUUUGCAUUCCAUUGCCGUCUCUCAUAUCGUUCUGCCCUACUGGAGCUACAAGUUCACUCCGCUGGUCGCUGAGAAAGCGAAGGACUAUCUCAUGCACUCUCUGAUUGACGCUAAAGAGAUUAUCGCCAGACACAUGACAGUCGAUCAAAACGAGUUGCUGGGCUUCAGACUGAACAACCAUGGUUUUUUUCAAAAGUAUGGUUAUCCGUGGCAUUACCAAUCUGCAGACGACACAGAUGCAGAGUUGUUCAUGUUUGUAGCUACCACCGAUUUACUGACGAUGGAUGAAGACUUGAGCCUGACUCCCCAGCAAGCAGGGUGUCGAAGCGGUAGAGAUACAGUAGAUAGAGCAGAUACGAUCUUGCAGCUUUGAGUGUUAGCACCUUUCUGGUUCUACUUCACCUCGUCUUGAUAGCGAUCUAGGAAAUCAGACCUAAUUCAUCAUCGAUGACGUACUGCCCCAGCCAUCUCAUCUACACAGACAGGGUGCUACUCCUGACAGGCAUUCCAAACAAUGUCGACGACAUUAAACCACCAUCUUUAAUCAUUUUCC